CGGCAGUUCCAGAUCUCACAUAUUACAAAAGUUUGGCCGCGUUUUUCGCACGGCCGCUGCGCGACGGGGCGAGGAUCAUCUCUCCGUCCCGUGCGUAUCCCCUGCGACGGCGUGGUCCUGAACUGUGGACCCGCAGACACUGAGAAGAUAGAGCAAGUUAAAGGGGUAACAUAUAGUCUAGAAGAAUUCUUAGGUGAAAAUAAAUGGUCAAAAUCAAAGGACAAAGAUUAUUAUAACUCAUUAUUGACUAACAAGAACAAUAUACUACACCAAUGUAUUAUAUAUUUGGCUCCCGGUGACUAUCAUAGAUUUCAUUCUCCGUGUGACUGGACAGCAAAUUUCCGACGUCAUUUCUCAGGAAAGCUUUUGUCUGUAAAUCCUUGGAUGGCCCGUCUAAUACCUGGACUUUUCACUAUGAAUGAAAGAGCUGUAUAUGUUGGUAAAUGGCAGCACGGAUUCUUCAGUAUGACGGCAGUAGGGGCGACUAAUGUUGGUUCCAUAGAAAUCUAUGCUGAUCCAGAAUUGCGUACAAAUACUAAAGGAGGGAGGAACAGGAUUGACGAAGCUGACUUAGGAGACUUGCCGAUCAAGAAGGGAGAGCUGUUUGGCCAGUUCAACAUGGGUAGCACGAUUAUUCUGCUGUUUGAAGCUCCAAAGGAAUUCAAAUUUGAUUUUGCAUCUGGUGACAGAGUACAGGUGGGCCAAGGAUUGACCAUGACAGCCAAAGCGCAAGCGAGAUGACCAGUUUAUUCCGAUUUAGUUCAUGUUGCCCAACUAGCACUUGUUUUCUAUGUGAUAAUGCUUAUAAUUUGAAUAUUAUGAGAGCAUUGAGGCUUUGAAAGUGUCAAGGAUACGAUUUGGUGGUUUUGCUACGUACCCUAAGCUUGAAUUAUUAGAUUUUUAAAACCAUCUCAUUAUUGUGAUCCGAAAUAGAAUGUACAAAAAAAAACAUAGUAUCUAAUGUACUUAUAUCCAAACUUUGUUAAUCUUAUAGAUUUAUAUAGGUAUAUUAUGUAGAUUUAAAUAAAAGUAUCAAAUACAGUGUUUUUAAAAUAUCCAGGAGUUUUUAAUGUUUGUAUGUAUGCUCAACUCAAAUAUUAGUAUUAACUUUGCUACUUCAUCACUAUAAUUACUUUUUAUUUACAAAUAGAGCAUUCACUAUAUUUUUUAAGAUAAAAAAACUAGUGAACAUGCCCUGUUUUGUUAUUUAUUAUUCUUAGUUGAGUAUUUAUCAUGAGUGCGACAGAUGAUUCACACAUUCAUGGUCUUAUGUGUGUUUAUAGCCUUAGAUAUGUAUGAUAUGAGUAUGAUUUCCUAUUAACAUCCUAUUUUGCAAUCGACUCUGAGGCAAUGUUUUGGUUGGAUGAGUGAAACUUUAUUUCGUUAUUAUAAAAACAAAUAGGCAUAUACAUAGGCGCACUUUUCUAGAAUUGAUUCUAUUUAUAAAUUUUUAUAUUAUGUCUUUCCCAUCACGGAACAAUGGUAUUCCGGACCUUUGGGAGGCGUGCGCGGGGCCGAAGCCAACACGUAGAGGCCCUUUCGACACUUUAAUGAAAUGUAAGGGGUACACCGAGCGGAUGUUGCCAAUUUUUAUAUUUAUUAUUAUUUAUUUUAUUUAUUAUGAUACACAUAACCAGUAGUUUGUGCUAGUUAAAGAAAGAAAUUUAUAAUUCAGUUAUAUUUUGUUUUUUUACUCGUUUCUUUGAACAAUUUUUUUUUAAUUUGUGUGACCAUAGUUUAGAUAUUUGCAGACAUUUUUUUAUAGUUCUUAUAAUUUUAAAUAAUAUAAUGUGUAAAUAAUUACGUACGUACGUUAGAAUAAAUAUUCAUUCAUUGUUCAUUUCAAAAACAGAGAAAUUAAAUUGAUGGAAUUACUUAAUAGGCAUUCUCCACACGAGUUUUUUUUUUUUCAAUAAAUCAUAUCCGAAAUAUUAUUUUUAGUAUUUUUCAUUAAAAAAAAACAGUUCGUGUGUAGCUGGUUUAAACACCUGUGUGUUCCGUAAAAAAUAAAGAGUUGUUGAGUUGCCAAUAUGAAUGACUUUUUAUGUAAGAUUUUUGUAGUUGGAUCUCUUAUUUUUAAAUAUACCUAUAAGAAUGACAAGAACCGAAAUUAUGUAAAGAAGGAGAAUAUUGUAAUAAAGUAUUUACAUACA